GCUGUUUUCCUGAAGGCAUAGAUAUUUACUUCGACAGUGUUGGAGGAAAAAUGCUUGAUACAGUGCUUUUGAACAUGAGGAUCCGAGGUCGCAUUGCUGCCUGUGGAAUGAUCUCUCGGUACAAUCUUGAUAAGCCUGAAGGUCUUCGUAACUUGAUGUCUAUUAUCGGGAAACGAGUUCACGUGGAAGGAUUCGUGACUGGUGAUUUUUAUCACCUUUAUCCAAAAUUUCUAGAGCUGAUUAUUCCUUAUAUCAAACAAGACGAGAUUGUAUAUGUAGAAGAUGUAGGUGAAGGACUUGAGAGUGGUCCGACAUCUCUCAUUGGACUAUUCACCGGCCGGAAUGUUGGAAAGCAGUUGGUGGUUGUUACUCAUGAAUGAUAGCCCAGCUGGAAAUGGAUCGUCUUUUAUUUGUAUUAGAAGUAUUCUAUAAUUUUCUUAACUUCAAUAUAUUUUUUCGUACAAGGCAGUUGGAUUAGUGUCAUGUAAUAAGUUCAUUAUUUUGUUAAAAUUUUAUUUGAUUAUAUUUUAUUAUGUUGAAUUACAUAAUGUUAAAUUUUAAGAUUGAAAUUCUAAAAAAAAAAAAAAGAAAAAUUAAGGGACCAAGUAUGUAUUUCUAAAAACUUUAUGAAAAAUAUUCAUGUAAAAAUAAAUUUUACACAAAGUUUGAGAGGCCAUGGUCCUCCAAAAAUACAUGUAAUUUCGCCGACAUGUUAAAAAUAAUUAAGUCAGCUGAAGAGAGAAAACUAUAAGGGUGAGAGUGUUAAUUGAAAUAAAAUAAAUCAUUUUCAUAUUUUAAUAAACUUAAUUAAAUUGAAAUAAAUUUAAAAUCUUAAUUAAAUAUUAAUAAAUAGUUAUUUCAUCUUAAAAUAUAUGAUAAAAAUUUAAUAAAUUUAAAAGUUAAAGAAAUUUAUUUUCAUUUUAUCGACUAAGGUCAAAUAUAAAAAUUGAAUAAAAACUUCAACAUCGAUGAUGGUGGCAAGAGAAAUUAAAGAUCUAUUAAUACUUGGAGCAGUCUCCCGCAAAACAAUGUUUUAGAGCACCUUAUUGGUAAGAAGCAUAUUGGAGACUUUUUUUUUAACCUGUUGGCCAUUUUGAAUCUUUCAGGUUUGCCUAUGUAUGCUAUGGGGUGAUAUCAAGUAAAUAAAUAAAUAAGCUCUUAGACGAAUGACACGUGUAUCCACACAAAGAGGUCGUAUGUACUCUGUUACAAGGAAUGACGAGUCUUUGGCAAGAAUGUAUAUGCCCCCAAAAGGAGUCGAAUAUUUUUCAGGGUGUGAAUAUAUGAGUCCUUAGAUAAAUGAAACCUGCACUCAAAAGAGGUCGGAUAUCUCUUUAACCCGAGAACACGAGAACCCAUUUUAUACUACUACCACCCUAGUCCUGAUCUCACUACUAGCCCUAAAUUAAAGAAAUCGCCUAACUAGCCUUAACAUUAAAAGUAGACGUAUGGACCACAUAAUGGAAAAUGUAGG